AUGGAAUCAGAGAGUUCUAAUGUUGAUUUAGCACUUACCAAAGAUAAACAUGCUGAGGAUGUUAAAAUCUCAAAGAUGCAAAAAUCGCUUUUUAAAAAAGCAAAUGAGCUUUCCAUUUUAUGUGGAAUUCAGAUUGCAAUUAUCAUUUUCUCAACCGGGCGUCAACCAAUUUUAUUUGGUAAGCCCGACGUUGAGUCAGUUAUCCACCAGUUUGUGGAUGCCAAUCAUCCAACCGCCCCUCGAUUUUAUAUGAAAAUGAAAAAGAAGGAAGAAGAAAAUAAGGAGAAAGGAACAUCUAUCGAAAAUAAUAUCAGACAUCGGCCAUCAGAAGAUUUUGAGUCUACUCAUUUGGAAAGUCUUCUGAAGUUGUACCAAGGGCUCACAGAAUUUGAAGAUCAAUUGAUUAAGGAGACUGAUCUUACACAAUUGAACUAA